CUCACUGCCCACCAGUGGCCAUGGCAACAUCAGGAAGUUACCCUAUAUGGUCUAGAAAGAGGAGGCAUGAAUAAUCCACCCCUUGUUUAGCAUAUAAUCAAGAAAUAACCACAAAAAUGCGCAACCAGCACCCUCGGGGCUGCCCCCCCUAUGGAUUAGCCAUUCUUUAUUCCUUUACUUUCCUAAUAAACUUGCUUUCACUUUAUGGAUUCGCCUCGAAUUCUUUCUUGUGCGAGAUCCAAGAACCCUUUCUUAGAGUCUGAGAUCCAGACCCCUUUCCUGUAACAAAAGGUCUUGGACUGAAGUACUGACUCCACAGUCUUUAAUAAAGUAUCCUAGUUAUUUAAUAGUUGCGGUCUCGGGCUCUUGUUGGGCCGCGGUGGGUUCUGGGAAGUGUAGUUCGCCUGAGUCUCCAGUUCCUUGUCUCUGGGCGGUGUGGGCACGCCAGCGAGGCACUGUGGGAGUCGUAGUACCGGAGGAAAACCCUAUACCCUCUCUCCUGGGCCGCAGGAGUUUGGGGGACUAUAGUCGCUAAAGCCCUACAUAGUCUUCCGGCUUUGGGCGUGGCCGCGAUGCACUCUGGGAGUCGUAGUAGGGGAAGACAGUCCUCCGCUCUUUUGCGCAGGGUCGCAGGAUGUUCUGGGAAGUGUAGUUGCCUGAAGCUCGUGUUCUUUGUCUUUCGGUGAUGUGCGUGUGGCCUCAAGGCACCCUGGGAGUUGUAGUGGGGCGGGGAAAGUCAUUUGCUCUCUCCAGCGGGGUCGCGGUUGUUCUUGGGAAGUGCCGUUGCCUGAGUCCCGCGUUCUUCGUUUUUCGGCUGGUUGUGCGUGUGGCCGAGAGGCACGCGGGGAGUUAUAGGAACCGAAAGCCCUGUGUAGUCUCCCGCGGCGGGCCGCGGUUGUUUCUGGGAAGUGUGGUUGCCUAGGUCCCGAGUCUUUGUUUCUAGGCUCUGGGGUGGGAGGAUAGCCCUAUGCUCUGGAACGCGGGGCCGCGGGGCCUUCUGGGAAUUGUAGUUGUCCCAGGCCCUCGUUCUUUGUUUCCUCGCGCGGGAGCGCGGCGAACUGGGCGAUCCAGUAGGAACGAAAACCGUAUGCCCUUGCGCGCAGGGCCGCAUUGGUUUCUGGGAAUUGUAGUUUCUUGAGGCAGGCGGCGUGCUGGGGUGACGUCCGCGGGCUUCUGAAGACGCACUCCUGCGACGCCCGCGGUGGGGCCCUCGGGGGCGGCUCCGAGCGUCUGGCCUGUGUAGGCAAGGAAAGGAGCCCCCCGGUCUGCGCCGGAUGGCCCCGGGCGGUGACUUUUCGGAGCCCCGGGACGCUACACCCACCUGGCCGGAAGCACAACGGAAACGCGCCGUCCUGUGGCCACUGUUAGGUGGCCGGGUUCCGGGGAGGCGCGCCGUGGCAGGAGGAGAAAGCCGGCGCCAGUGGUCCAAGCGCCCUCUCUGGGGGCCCCGCUCUCUACGUGGGAGGCGCGGAGCGGGGGCCGCGGGAAUCCCCAGUGCGGGAUCUAGUGCCUUGGGCGCGGCCUAGCUGGCCCGUUCGCUCAGGGCUCCUCUCUCUCUGACAGGUCUGCCAUUUUACACUUUCUGAUCUCCUCGGUCCCUUCUGUGAGCUAUGUCUCAGACAGAGACAGGGUCUCCUCCUGUCGCCCAGGCUGGAGUGCAGUGGGGCGAUCAUAGCAUCCUGUAACCUCAAACUCGGCCUCAAGUGAGCCAACCCGUUGAGCCUGUCUCCUCUUUUCUUUGUGAAGUGCAGCCGUAUUUUUCAGGACUUGGGACGUGGCUUUCUCUUACAACCACCUGCCUGGCGGAACCCCAGGACCCUGUCCCCUGUUCCUCCUUUUCAGGGGUCAGUGACAUUCAGAGAUGUGGCCAUAGACUUCUCCCAGGAGGAGUGGAAAUGGCUUCAGCCUGCUCAGAGAGAUCUGUACCGAGGUGUAAUGUUGGAGAACUAUGGCCAUCUUGUCUCACUGGCAGGUCUUUCCAUUUCUAAGCCAGAUGUGGUUUCCUUAUUGGAGCAAGGGAAAGAACCCUGGCUGGGGAAAAGGAAUGUGAAAAGAGAUCUGUUUUCAGUUUCAGAAUCAAGUGGUGAGAUCAAAGACUUUUCACCAAAAAAUGUCAUUUAUGAUGACUCAUCCCAGUAUUUGAUCAUGGAAAGAAUUCUAAGUCAAGGCCCUGUGUAUUCCAGUUUUAAAGGAGGCUGGAAAUGCAAGGAUCAUACAGAGAUGCUGCAAGAAAAUAAGGGAUGUAUUAGGAAAGUAACAGUCUCUCAAGAAGCCCUGGCUCAACGUAUGAAUAUCAGUACUGUGGAGAGGCCCUAUGGAUGCCACGAGUGUGGAAAAACUUUUGGUCGACGCUUUUCCCUGGUGUUACACCAGAGGACUCAUACUGGAGAGAAACCAUAUGCAUGUAAGGAAUGUGGCAAAACCUUUAGCCAGAUUUCAAACCUUGUGAAACAUCAAAUGAUACAUACUGGAAAGAAACCCCAUGAGUGUAAGGAUUGUAAUAAAACAUUCAGUUACCUUUCAUUUCUUAUUGAACACCAGAGAACGCACACUGGGGAGAAACCUUAUGAAUGUACUGAGUGUGGAAAGGCCUUUAGCCGUGCCUCCAACCUCACUCGACAUCAGAGAAUUCAUAUAGGAAAGAAACAAUAUAUAUGUAGGAAAUGUGGGAAAGCAUUUAGCAGUGGCUCAGAACUCAUUCGCCACCAGAUUACACAUACUGGAGAGAAACCUUAUGAAUGCAUUGAAUGUGGGAAGGCAUUUCGCCGUUUCUCACACCUUACUCGACAUCAAAGCAUCCAUACAACCAAAACCCCAUAUGAAUGUAAUGAAUGUAGGAAAGCUUUCCGUUGUCACUCAUUCCUUACUAAACAUCAGAGAAUUCAUGCUGGAGAAAAGCUCUAUGAAUGUGAUGAAUGUGGUAAAGUUUUCACUUGGCAUGCAUCCCUUAUUCAACAUAUGAAGAUUCAUACUGGAGAGAAACCCUAUGCAUGCGCUGAGUGUGAUAAAGCCUUCAGCCGGAGCUUUUCCCUCAUUCUACAUCAGAGAACUCAUACUGGAGAGAAACCCUAUGUAUGUAAGGUAUGCAACAAAUCCUUCAGCUGGAGCUCAAAUCUCGCUAAACAUCAGAGAACACACACUCUUGACAACCCCUAUGAAUAUGAAAAUUCAUUUAAUUACCACUCAUUCCUUACUGAACACCAGUGAAUUACACUGCAAAGAAAAACUACGAAUGUAUGAAAUUUUUUUUAAAGUACUAUAAUGCCUUACUUUUACUUCGGAGAACUCUUGGAAAGAAGCCUUAUGUGAGAGUGAUGAAUGUGAAGUAAUAUGGCCCACAAUUUAUUCAACAUCCUGGAGGAAAAAAACCCAGAAAUAUGUGGAAAAGCCAUUAAUAACCACUCUUUUUUUUUUCCCCAAUAACAAGGUAAAAUCGAUAUUGUUGAGAAGAUUCUUCUUCCAUCUGGAAAUAUUGAGAAGACUUCAUUUGGUAGGAUUCCCUUACUCUACAUGUGUAAAUUCCUACCAAGAAAGAAUACAUAUCCAAUAGAUUGGAGAAAGCCAGAGAUUAUUAACCCUCAUUCUGCAGCUGUCAACCAGGACACAAUGCAUGGGCAAGGGAUGAGCUUUACAAAGAUGUACUUUGGAGAUGAGGAUAUUCAUGUUUAAGUGAUACAAAUACAGUGAUUCGGGAAUGCCUUCAUUUACAAUGCAAUACUUACAUUUUAAUACUCUCGUAAGAGAAAAAGCAACUGUAUAAAAGAAUGUAGAGUAACUUUCUGCAAUAUUUCAAACCUAUAUCAGAGAACUACACUGUGGGAAAACUACCAUUGUAAGGAGUGUAGCAAAAUUAUCUUAGAUAUCUGAAAAAUCAUACUGGAUGGAAUCUGUGAGAAAGGGUUCUAUUUUGAGGGAAGGGGGAUUGCUUUUUGUUUUUUAAGUGAAUUCAGAAAAUGUUAUAAAUAAAUCUUUUGGUUUAUUAUAAA